CACAUGCCUCACAAGUCCGCUUAAAAGGCUGUGCCGAGGAGCUGGCCAGUGGAGCCCGGCUCGGGGAAAGUGAAAGUUUUCCUGGGUGCUCUCUGCGCCGCUGCGGGUCCCUCCGCACUCCUGGGACAGCAGCGCGGCCCUCGGCCGGGGCGUGGACUCUGCAGCGGCCAGCGAGCGAACGAACGAGAGAGCGAGGGCGGCCGACGCGCCCGGCCGGGACCCAGCUGCCCGUAUGACCGCGCGGGGCGCCGCCGGGCGCUGCCCUCCCACGCAGGGCGUGGGGGUUCCUGGGGAGUGUGAGAGCUGGGGAGAAAUUAUGCCCUCUCUGUCGCAGACAUGGCUGGGCCUCCUGCUGCUGCUGGCCUGUCUCCUCGUGAGCAGGAGUACUACCGAGGAGGUGUCGGAGAACUGUAGCCACAUGAUUGGGAACGGACACCUGCAGUUCCUGCAGCAGCUGAUUGACAGUCAGAUGGAGACCUCGUGCCAAAUUGCCUUCGAGUUUGUAGACCAGGAGCAGUUGAACGACCCCGUGUGCUACCUUAAGAAGGCAUUUCUCCUGGUGCAAGACAUAAUGGAGGACACCAUGCGCUUCAAAGACAACACCCCCAAUGCCAUUGUCAUUGUCCAGCUCCAGGAACUCUCUCUGAGGCUGAGGAGCUGCUUCACCAGGGACUAUGAAGAGCAGGACAAGGCCUGUGUCCGAACUUUCUAUGAGACACCUCUCCAGUUGCUGGAGAAGAUCAAGAAUGUCUUUAAUGAAACAAAGAAUCUCCUUAAAAAGGACUGGAACAUUUUCAGCAAGAACUGCAACAAUAGCUUUGCUAAAUGCUCCAGCCAAGAUGUGGUGACCAAGCCUGAUUGCAACUGCCUGUACCCCAAAGCCACCCCUAGCAGUGACCUGGCCUCUGUCUCCCCUCAGCAGCCCCUCGCCCCCUCCAUGGCCCCUAUGGCUGGCUUGACCUGGGCUGACUCUGAGGGGACAGAGGGCAGCUCCCUCUUGCCCAGAGAGCAGGCCCUUCGCACAGUGGACCCGGGCAGUGCCAAGCAGCGACCACCCAGGAGCACCUGCCAGAGCUUUGAGUCACCAGAGACCCUGGGCGUCGAGGGCCGCCCCACUGGAGGUUCACCUCAGCCCCAGCCCUCUGUCGGAGCUCCUGUCCCUGGGAUGGAGGACAUUCUUGACUCUGUGCUGGGCACUAACUUGGCCCUGGAAGAGGCCUCCGGAGAGGCUAGUGAGGAUCUCAUACCCCAAGGGGCAGAGCUUGCCUCCCGCACGUUGUGGAGAGGCAGCGUCCAGGCAGAGACUACCAGGACCAGCCGUCUCCUCUCAGCAUCUUCACCACUCUCUGGGUCAGGAAAGGGCUGGCAGCCUGCGGAUGUAACUAGCACACCACUGCCCAUGGCGGGCCCCGUGAGACCCACCGAGGCCUGGAGUCACACACCUGAGAAUGCAGACCAUUCAUCUGCCUCGCCCAGAGACCACCGGGAGCCAGGCUCUGCCGGGACCCCAGCACUGCACCCGCACGGCCUCAGCAGUCCCUCUGGCCCCUCUUCUCAGCCAAGGCUUCCCACAAGCCUUUCCUGGGGCAACGUGCUGCCCCUUGGGGAGCUGGAAGGCAAGAGGAGCACCAGGGACCGGAGGAGCACCACAGAGCUGGAAGGAGGACAAGCAAGUGAGGGGGCGGCCAAGCCCCCAGCCCGUUUUAACUCCGUUCCUUUGACUGACGCAGGCCAUGAGAGGCAACACAAGGAACCCUCCGACCCCCAGCUCCCCGGCUUUGUCUUCCGCCUGCUGGUGCCCAGCAUCAUCCUGGUCCUGCUGGCUGUCGGCGGCCUCCUGUUCUACAGGCGGAGGCGGCGGCUGGGCAUGCAGGACAGUCUCUCCAUGCGAGGAGACGUUAUGGGGACAUCCACCACCACCCCUCCCCAGCCAUUCUCCUGGGAAUGUGGCCUGCCCACCAUGAGAGCUCCUGGACUCAGGAGAGCAGGACUGGACCAGAGCAGCGAGGCUGGGGCCCUCAGCCCUCGACCCUCAGACUCUGGACUGACUAAGAGAGGGCUGGAGGAUGCCCCCCACGCUGCUGAUAUUUAUCGGGGGCCCUGGAGGCUCCCGUCUGCUUGAGGAAGGCUGGGAAGCCCGGCUGAGGACCCUCUGCCCCUCAGGGGCUGUGUCCUCCUCCCAUCCCCCUCCAAGCCAUCACCCGGGCCAGGGACCCAGAGGCCCGUGGGACAUGGGAGAGCAGGGUGGGCGCUGAGGAAUGGAAGAGCCCUUGUGCCAGAGGACCAGCCUGGUGCCAAGGGAUCCCAACACCAACAAGCAGGGACUCAUCUCCAGAGAGAGAAGCAUGAGAUUCGCAGGGCAGGACAACAUCACUGGAUUUCCCGUAAAGGUGUGUAGCCCAAAAGACGGGAAGAGAAGACCUCUGGGCCUGCUGGUCUGCACUGACAGCCCAGAGCGGGUCUGCACCCUCCACUUGCCUAACUGCCCUCUGCUGGUGGCCAGGCAGAGAGGGGAUGCCAACCCUACCCUCAGGACCUGCCUGGCUUUGCUCGUGAUGCCAAGGGCAAGACCAAGCUCUGGCCUCGGCCCCAGCGUCCCCCCAGCCCUGCCAGAGCUUCUCCAGGAGGCCGCGCAGAGGCUCUCCUCAUGAAGGAAGCCAUUGCACUGUGAAUACUGAACCUGCCUGCUGAACAGCCUGCCCCAUCCAUCCCAGAGAGCAAACACCUAUCCGUCCUCCCACCCCUCCAGCCUCUCCCCAGCUUCCUGCACUGAGUGCCCGAGCCAGCCUCACCCGUCGACUGAGGGAGCCCCUGAGCCCCGACCUUCUGCUGACCCGGCUCUGAAUCCCUGGGGUGGAUCAGGGUGGGAGAACUGCCCGGGCUACCAGCCAGAGCUGGUCUUCAGGCUGCGUUGUUCGCCCAGGUUUUUGCAUCUUGCACUUUGACAUUCCCGAGAGGGAAGUGACUAGUGGGAGGGAGAAAAGGAGGGCCGGGACAGACACAGAGAGAGGAUGCAGGGUGAGCUCUGAUGGAAAAUAGGUCUUUGAAGUUAAGGGCAUGCCCCUGAGGUGGGGGAUGCGGUCUGUACCCCUGACCCCCAAGCCUGCCCUCUUGCCCUGUACCAGGCCCCUGCCCCAACCACAUCCCCAAGGCUGCUGCUGGCUGGCACCUGGGGUGAGUGGUUGUCCCUGGUAGGAGCCUGGGAGGCAGGGACACCCUCCAGCUCUCAUCCCACCCCUCGCUAGCACCAUCUCUCUGACCAGGCAAGCCAGGGUGGGAGAGGGACUUGGAGAAUCCAGGCAUCUGCUUCCAAGUCUGCCUGAGGGCCUCAGCUUCCGGGGUCAGCCCAUGGCUGUGGCUCUGAGAGUUGGGCAGCAGGUGACAGGGCUGUUGAUUACCCUCGGUCCCUUUGUGCUACUGUGUCCCUCCUCUCCUGCCGCCCUGGGCCCUCCACUGAGAGACCCUGCCCUACUUGGCCACUGGACUGGGGCCUAGGAGCUUCCCCUCCUGCCCUUAAAAGUGAGGGUCCGCUGGUCCCUGCCUCCCCUGCCCUGUUGCUGCCAGCUGAGGGAAGGGCAGUGGAGAACUUUCCCCUUCGGGUCCCUUUUCCUAGUCACAGACUCUAUAUUUGAUACUAAAAAAUAUAUAUUUAAAAGUGGAAGGAAAAAAACCCCACAGAAAAAGCAUUCCUCUCUCACUCUCCACCCCUUAAACGUAUGGUAUUUUAAAGGUCAAGAAAGCAGAUCCAAUCCAUCACAGAAACUCUUUGUGGGCUCUUGGUGACACAGGAGUGGGAGGGGCCCCAGAGCCCCCUCUGGGUGGCUCCCCAGCUACCUGGACAGGAACCCUUCUUUUCUCUGAGAAAGCCGAGAGGGAACAUAGGCUCACACACUGUGAGAUUUUGUUUUUAUACUUGGAAGUGGUGAAUUAUUUUAUAUGAAGUCAUUUAAAUAUCUAUUUAAAAAAUAGGAAGCUGCUUAUAUAUUUAAUAAUAAAAGAAGUGCACAA